AUGCCAGAAUACCUCAGACAGAGUGCCUUCGAAAACAUCGCUGAUGUUGACUUCGAAUUCGAUGAUGAGGUCGGAUUUAACCUCAUAUUUUUCUACAAAGCACUUGACAAAGGUGAAUUUGCUGAACAUGAAAACGAGUGGGUGACGGUACACAAACAGAGGGUAAUAGAAUAUGGGCAAAGGUAUGAUGAUGAGAAAUUGGACGAAACUCUCGAAAUCAUGCCUGGUGCUAUCCAACUCCCAGUUAAUCAGAAAUAUCUACCGCGUAAUCCACCAGCAAAGAUGGUAAUUGUUCAGCGUACUGGAAAUGGUGAUGACUACAAGGUCAGAGUUCGCGUCAAAAGACCUAAUGAAAAUUUAAUUGCUCAGCUUGAGUACGAUUUUUAUGACAUUCAAAAUAACGGCAAGAUGUAUUCGUGCGUGAUUGAUACAGGCGCGCCACAAACAAUACUACCAUAUUAUAUUAAGAAAACACUUGGUGGUGGAAAGGGGUGGAGUACGAUUGUAGCAAAAGCUGAGGGUUACGGGUCGUCCACAAAACAAAUCUGUGCAUGUCGAAUGUUUGAAAUAUCUAUCGGCGAUAAUAAUAAUUGGUCAAAAUGGGUCCAGGCAAAAAUUAUAGUCUGGGAAAAAAAACCCCAACGAUCAGGUACAAUGUGCUCUUAUUGGUAA